AUGGCAGGUUUACUCUCCUCUGUGGGCUUGGUGCUGAUUCUCAAGGCUCUUCUCCAUGCCCAUGGCCAGCGUGCAGUGUUUCUGGGGAUGACACUAUUGGUAACAGGGAUCGCAGCUGACUCACCUGUUACGGAUGAGUCUCUGGUGGACUCCACACACCAUCCCAUGGGAUUUCUUGGAAGUGUUUCAAGUUCAACAGGGCUGUCAUCAUCAGCCUUACCAGCCUCACAUUACAAUGCCUCUGAGAGCCCAGUCUCACCUGGUAUGCUGCCAUCCAUUCCUGAACCAAACCAUGAAGUUAAGAUGGCUGACAACAUGCGUUUUCCACGGGGACAAGUUCCUUCUGAAGGCUCUCAGUCCUACACACCAAGUGACCUCCAUGAAGAACAACCACAUACUUUUUCCAUGCCAUCAUCAGUCUUCUCUGGACCUGUAAUGGGCUCUAGCUUACAAUUUGAGGCACCAGCUAAACUCUCCACAUACUGGAAUCAGGCCAGGUCAGAAUCUGCCAAGCAGUCUUCCUCUCUGUCUGUAGCUCCAACAAGAUCCCAGCUGCAGUCUCAGUCAGUUAUGCCCAAAACAUCAUUAAGCCCUUCUGUUUCUGCAAAACCAACAACGCCUCAGGUUGGUCUUAAUUCUGAGCAGAAGACAACUGUUCGCCAGCAGCAUGGCAGUGCAUCAGAGCAAACACUGCCAGUUGUGACCUCACAGCUUAGCCAGCCUCAUAAGCCCCCUAAACUGGCUUUCGCUGAUUCUCUGCAAGAUGAAUCUUAUAGUAAAAUCCAGAAUGUGAACCAGCUGAACACCAGAAAUGUCCUCUUGCUGGAGAACAAGCCAGCUCAUGACAUAAACAAUCUGUCCAACUCAGAUGAGAUUGCGGCUCCUGGCUACAACAUGCCUUUCAUUGCCCGUCCCCCUACAUCACCUUCAUCAGAACCCACUGAGGUCUCUCCAGAAGUCUUCUACCCAACCAACACCAUGGAAUUGGACUGGGGGUCUGGGGACUACUUGGAGACUAUGUCAUUCUUAAAUUCAGAUGGAGAUGACUACUCUUUGGCCACCAAGGUUCCCUCUGACUCAUAUGAUCUGGAGGACUUUACAGAAAGCUAUGACACAUCCUUCCCUUCCAGAGUGGGCAUAUCCCCUUCAUCCCUGCAUCCUCUUCAUGCCUCACCUUCUCCAAGCCUCAUGGCAACAUACAGCACCACUAUUCCACUUAAAUCUAUCCAUCCUUCUGAUUUUUUCUUCACAAGUCAUUAUACACUGGAGCCUACUCCUGCAGCUAACAGUGAUUCAACUGAAGCAUCAGACAUAGAUUGGCAUGAUACUUUCACAAUCCAACCAACAGAUGUCCUUUUACCAGACAUGAACAGCUUGGAGUAUUACACGAUUCAGUUGAAAAAGGAGAACAGCAGUUCAGACAAUGGAGCUGAACACAGGGGUAAUGUUACUGUGGUGUCCAUCAGUACAACAGACAUCACACCCACAGGCAGCUUCACCAAUGAUACUAAACAGACAGAGGAGGAGUCCUCCAGUGAUCUGUCAGGGUUUGAGCUUCAUGAUAAACCAACCACAGAGGAGAGUCCUCAGUUAGUCAGUGCCUCUGAGCCUUUUCUGGAUCCUUCAGUAGUCCCAAGCAUCUUCUUUGAGCCCUCUUCUUCCAUCUGGGGUGGUCAGAUGAUCGUCACAGAUUGGUCUGCACUGACUCUCACUGCUGGCCUGGACAGCACUGUGCCAACGAAAGCUAUACUGCCUCAUCCCACACCUUUGCUGCCAGAUGAUGUAAUGUCUUCCUCCUCUCUGACAGAUGUCCAUUGGUUUGUUACCGAGUCAUUUCUACAAAGUACCCCACACACCACUCCUGUCUUAACUGAAACCAUAGCCUUCUCCCCUGCUCCCACUGAAACUGCUGCCAGCACAUCUGCUGAUACAUCAGAAUCAACUCCCCAAGACUCUACUCUUUCAACUGAACAAACUCUCAAUAUCACUCUAGUUGAAACUGAUCCCGCAUCUAAUGUCACUUUGGACCCCCUGGUCAUUUGGGGUGAUCAGGGGGUGACUGAAGAUGGAGAUGACAUCCCAGCCACAAUGACCUUGAUCCCAACUAGCAGUGAGGCUAAUACAAGCUCUACUGUAUCCACAGCUACAACUGCCACCAUCACUUCUCAUGAAGCAGCAACUAGAAUCUCUGCCACCACUGAAGCCUCAACUAGUGUUAGCACCAUCUCUACAACCAGUGCAAUGACUGCAGCACCAAGACAGUACCUCUGCAGCCUGGACAGACCUGCUUAUUUAAUAAAAAUUGAUUUUCCUUCUGGGGCCACUGUUGGAUAUGCCAAAUCACAAAUCAGAGACAUAUUGAAAGUAGAAUUCAACAACUCAGUGGAGCUGCAGGUUGUGGACCCCCCACCAAAGUUUGUGUUUCGUGUGGUGUCUGGCCCAGUUAUAUACACAGCCAUAUCUGUGAUCAAUGCUCUGCAAAGGUCUCAGCGCCGCUACAUCUCUGUGUCUCCCCACUGGACACCGCCAGACAGUAAAUAUCAAGUCCACACAGUGCUACAGUUUGUUCCUGGACAUAUAGAUGUGCGCUUCUGCAACUUCAGCGAAAGCAUUGAGAAAGGUUUGACCAUGGCUUUUUCAGAAGUGUGCAGGCGCUCAAAGGAGUCAACCGACUUCACAGUCCAUAUUGUAAACAUUACCAUUGCUGCUACAAAAUAUCAGGAGCAACGGUCAGUGAAGCAGCCAGUGGACAUCAUCUUCACUGUACUCAGUUCUAUGGAUUAUCUGAUGGGGUCGGAGGUCAGCAAUGCUCUGAUGAAGCUUAGCAUGGUGGAAUUCAGCUAUUACAUGGGCUUCCCUGUACUUCAGAUUGCUGAGCCUUUUCAUUAUCCAGAGUUGAACAUCAGCCAGUUGCUUCGCUCCUCCUGGGUUAGAACAGUGCUCCUGGGUGUGCUUGACCAGAAAGUGGGUGAGAGGACCUUCCAAGCCAGCAUGGAACGCCGGGUGGCCAUGUUACUUGGGGAGGCUAUGGGAUUAGCCAGACGUAUUAAGAGAGCCACCAGCAUAGGCAACAGCAGUGUUCAGGUUGUAAGUGCAUCCCGGCUGCUGGGUUCGGACCACCCCUUGGAGAUAGUGUAUUUUGUGGAGGAUCCUAGUGGUCAGAGGAUGACUGCAGCUCAAACAUCCAGCCUACUCAACAGCCUCGAUGUUCAAAGGGCUGCCAUUGUCUUGGGAUAUCGUGUGCAGGGCGUUUUAGCGCAGCCUGUAGAGAAGGUGACCUCCGCACCCUCUGACACAGAGAACACCAACAUGUGGAUCAUCAUUGGGGUGGUGAUUCCCCUCCUUGUGGUGAUUGUCAUCAUCUCCAUCCUGUACUGGAAACUGUGUCGAACAGACAAGUUGGAGUUCCAGCCAGACGCCAUGACCUCUAUGCAGCAGAGGCAAAAGUUGCAGGCUCCCACUGUGAAAGGCUUUGACUUUGCCAAGCUACACCUUGGCCAGCAGAGUAAGGAUGAUGUCAUGGUGAUCCAAGAGCCAGUCCCACCAGAGCCUUGCCUUGGGCCCCUUUCCAUUAAAGACGGCCUCAGUCCAUCUGAGAACGGGGAGAUCCCCACGCCCAUAUCCAAAGCCUCAGCCUCCUCCACCAAGGCGUCCCGUAGCAGCCGAAGGCGAGAAAGGCUCUCGCCAUCAGACGGUGACUCAGUGGUAAGUGACCAUUCCAGUGAGCGGGAAUCAACUGAGGAGAACCUAAGAGCCCACGCCACGCCGAGCGACGGCAAGCAGACCCGUCCUCCACCUAUGAAUACUACAAACGAGCAGCUGUCCUCGGCCUCCAUUUUUGAACAUGUUGAUCGAGUGUCUCGCACCACAGAAGCAAGCAGGAGACUCCCCAACAAGGUCCAGCUUAUCGCCAUGCAGCCCAUGUCUGUCCCACCGCUGCACAGCCCACCCAUCAAUGGCAAACUGGCUGACAGCAACCAGAUCAACAAAGAGAUCCAGGUAGCAUUGAGGCACAAGUCAGAAAUUGAACAUCAUCGUAACAAGAUACGCUUGCGAGCCAAAAGAAAGGGCCACUAUGAUUUUCCUGCCAUGGAUGACAUGACCAAUGGACUCAGAGAUGUUAAGGACCAGGAUCGCAUCUAUCAGAAAGCACAGAUGCAGAUCAAUAAGAUCCUGGACCCAGAUGCUCAGAUGCCCUCCAUCUUCAUGGAAUCCAAGAAAAGUGGACGAGGUAGGCGCUCUCCCAAACAGAAGAUGAAGGAACAGAUGAAUGAAGGCAUGAUGGAAGCAGACAAAGACCACCUCAUCACUGAAGACAGUGAUGCUGUGUACAAAAAGUGUCCCGGGGUCAACAAUGUGGCCUACGUGUCGGACCCCGACCAAGGCCCAGGAUCCCCUCACAGGAGCCCAUCCCCAGUUGACAACGUCUUCCUGGGGCCCACUUGCUCUCCUCCGGGUCAUGCCCCUCCCCCGCCCCCCUACAUGCCCCCACAGCCCUCCAUUGAAGAGGCACGGCAGCAGAUGCACUCCCUACUGGACGAUGCCUUUGCUCUCGUGUCGCCCACCUCUCAGGGCACCGCAGCAGGGAUCACUCUCCCAGGGGUCAACAGCAGCACCCCUGGCUCCAGCCCUCUGGGCCAUGGCCCCAGACCUUGGGGUCCCUCCUACCAAGCUUUCGGCCCUUUUCCUGGUAGGUUCACUGAGCUGGACAUGUCCUCUUCUUCAGUCCAAGGCCUGACACCAAGACAGGGCCUUGGAUCCAGCUACCUGCCACCAGGAGAAACAGCAGGGCACGGUGAGCAGCUUCAGCCAGACAGCCUGUACUCUAGCAGGGGCGUCUACGCCGAUGAGCUCCCCUCAUCUGCCAGGCCGCGACCAGUAGGGGGAACUACAGGAGUCCAGCUCCAUCAUCUCGCACAGGUGGGAUUGUCCAGCCGGAUGAAUGGUUACCCAGCAGGGGUCAGGGCUGCUCCAGGACAAAACGGAGGCGUUGCCUGGAACUACUACCACGAUGACCACAGUUUCUCCAGGGCUGAGCCUGAAAAAGAUGCAUUCCUGUACUAUCCUGACUACUCAUCCUCCUUUAUCUUCCAGAUGUCCAGAAGUGGUAUCAGGGAGCCUUCAGCACCACCGGCCCACCUAGAUCCAUCUGCGGCGGGCUAUCUGUCACCCUCACCGCCCCUCAAUACUUCUCCUCCUACCCACUCCUCUGCCUCUCUGAUCAAGGCAAUCAGAGAGGAGCUGUUGCGUCUCUCCCAGAAACAGGCGGCUGUGCCCAGCUACCACAGCUGA